AAUACUGGAAAAUAUUAAAAAUAAAAACAUGAAAAAUAUUAAAAAUAACAGAUCUGCAGAGAAGGAAGAGCAUGAAAAUGGGAAACGUGAGAAGAAAUUUGAUAAAAGGAAAUACAGAUUACAAAAAUAUAGCAAUAAGUAUAAAAUCAAUCAGUGGGAAGAAAAAAGAAAGAAAGCUGUGUUACGUGGAUAUUACAAGGAACUCAAAAAGGAUCAGCAGAAUUCUUCACAAACAUCAUCAAAUUUAAAUCAUGCAUCCAAGAAUACAAAUGAGAUAAGCAACUCAAAAAAUAAGAGUUACGCCUUUUACAAAGCCAAGCGGGAAUACAAACGCAAGCAAGAAGAAAAGAAGAAAAGGAUAGAGGAGGCCAUUCGUGUAAAAACGGAACGAGAAGAAGCCUUGAGAAAAUACAAGCAGAAAAAGUUGCAUAAUUUUAAGGUGUUAUCGAAAAAGACGAAGAAAGGGCAACCUGUCAUGAAGGGCAGAAUAGAGAUGUUGCUUGAAAAGAUACAGCAAAGUUUAAUGUAAUCAAUUUCCUCUUAAGAGAAAAAAGUUUAUAACUUUAAUUUAUUUGUAUCUAGCUAAAUAGAUUAAAUCAUAGUAAAAAGAUAAAAAUGCAUUGUACAUUGUAACAUAAUACAAUAUGUUGUCAAAAAGCAAUAAAAUCCUAACAGUUGAUUUCAA